AUGCGAGCUUCUUCAAAGUUCAUGUCUCUCACACACCCAAGUCUUAAUCUUUCCCAUCCCCCACCCUCGUCCGAGCCCUUGGAUUCCCCAACUCACUCCCCCAUCUCCAUCUUCACUCGAAUGCGCUUAGAUCGAGUUCAACCCGAUGACCGCACCUUCCCUUUUCUCCUUCCAUCUUCCAAUUCCACUCCUCAUUUCCAAUCAGGGCAACGAGUUCAUGCCCAAGUGUUUCUCUUCGGGUUCGAUCAGGACCCGUUUGUCCAGACCUCUCUCAUUCGCAUGCACUCAGCCUGUGGGGAACUGAAGCUUGCACGCCAAGUGUUUGAUGAAAUUACCCAACCGGAUUUGCCGUCGUGGAACUCGGUCAUGGAUGCGUAUGUGAAAGUGGGUUUGGUCGAUGCUGCGAGGGAUGUGUUUGAUGAAAUGCCUAAGUGAUAUGUGAUUUCUUGGAGUUGUAUGAUGAAGGCUUAUGCAAUGUGUGGUGGUUAUAAGGAAGCACUUGCGCUGUUUCGUGAGAUGCAAUUGUGGGAUAGUGUGAGGCCUGAUGAGUUCACCAUGUCGAGUGUACUUUCGGAUUGUGGAAGAUUGGGUGCACUUUAACAUGGGAAAUGGGUUCAUGCUUAUAUUGACAAAUGUUACAUGAGACUUGAUGUUGUGCUAGGGACUGCGUUGAUGGAUGUGUAUGUGAAAUGUGGAAGUAUUGAGAGAGCAAGAGGUUUUGAUUGUAUGAGACCUCAUAAGGAUGUGAUGGGCUGGAGUUCAAUGAUAUCGGGACUCGCCGUGCAUGGACAUGCUAUGGAGUCUCUUGAAUUAUUUGCUGAGAUGAUCAAGCGUUGCGUGAGACCUAAUGCUGUGACUUUUGUCGGUGUCCUUUGUGCUUGUGUUCAUGGGGCUCUGGUAUAAGGUAAAGAGUAUUUUAGGAGGAUGGAGGAGGAAUUUGGUAUCAGGCCUUUGAUCCAGCACUAUGGUUGCAUUGUUGAUCUUUAUGGAAGAGCUGGGCUGAUUGCAGACGCAUGGAGAGUGGUGAUAUCCAUGCCAAUGGAGCCAGAUGUUCUUGUGUGGGGUGCUCUACUACGUGGAGCUAGGAUUCACAGGGACAUAGAAACGAGUGAGAUUGCGGUGAACAAGCUUAUUCAGUUGGAUCCAACUAAUAGUGCUGCAUAUGUUCAUUUAUCAGAUUUGUAUGCAAAAAUGGGGAAAUGGAGUGAAGUAAGACGAGUGAAAUAUCUUAUGGAGGAAAGGGGGAUCAAGAAAGUUCCCGGCUGUAGUUUGGUCGAGGUGGGAGGUGUCCUUCACGAAUUUUUCGUCGGCGAUGAGUCUCACCCUGAAAAUCGAGAGAUAUACGAUGAGAUCAUGAAGAGGUUAAAGAUGAGGGGUUUUGUGGGAAACACAAACGAGGCAUUGCUCCAGCUUGAUGAGGAAGGAAAGGAGCAGGCUCUCUCAUUUCACAGUGAAAAAUUGGCACUUGCUUUCUGCUUUUUCAAGACGAGUCCUGGUACACCAAUUCGAAUAGUAAAAAAUCAGAGGAUAUGCUGCCACGAUGCCAUGAAAAUGAUUUCCCAGGAGUUUGAUCGAGAAAUUGUGAUUUGAGAUUGUAACCGGUUUCAUCAUUUUUGGAAAGGACUGUGCUCUUGUAAAGAUUAUUGGUAA